CGCUUAAGAAGACUUUUUAUUGCAGUCAAAACUCAACAUAUGCAAUCAGUGUCAAAGGUCUUUAAAUAUAAUGUAUUCAUAGAUAUUUGUUCCACACAGUUCUUUGAUUAAAUAAAACUGUUUCUCCUCUACAUUAUACGGCAUUUUAGCAACAAAGAUAAACAGUUCAUGGAUACACAAAGAGUAACCAUGAGACUUGUGUUAAGUCUACUAUUGGCUUUCGUUGGGCUCGUAUUGACCAAAAAUACAUACAUAGCAACUGUACCAAAACAGAUAAGAGCUGGAUCAUCGGCUAGAAUUUGUUUAUCAGCUGUAAAGAGAGGUGUUAGGCAAGUAACAAUCUUUGUUACAAUAUUAGACAAACAAAACGGAACAAAAGCUACAGCCCAAGAACAACGCAAUUUACUUCGGGGACCUGGAUAUGUUGAUAUAAGAGUACCCGAAAAUACCGUUGUAGGAGAUGAUUACAAGAUAAAAGUGAGCGUUAGCGGUGAUAUCACAUUUGACCAAACUGCUACAGGAAUCAUAGUAACAAGCAAAGCGUCGUCCAUUUUUAUCCAGACUGACAAAGCCGUUUACAAACCUGGCGAUUUAGUUCAGUUUAGAGUGUUUGGUACUAAUACAAGAUUAAAAGUUCUCAAAGAUCCUUUGACAAUUUAUAUACAGGAUCCCAAAAGAAAUAGAGUAAAACAAUUUCUGAAUGUUCGCCCAGCGUUUGGUGUAUUUGCCGGGUCAUUCCAGUUAUCUACCUUGACAAAUCUGGGAGGCUGGACAAUCAGCGUGGAGCAAAAGAGAGAAAAGAUAUUUAAAGGUUUUGAUGUUGAACGGGUUGUUCUACCUAAAUUUGAAGUGAACGUUGCAUUGCCUUCAUUUGGAGUGACAACAGACAGAUUUUUCACAGUUACUAUUAAUGCACUGUACACUUUUGGGAAGCCAGUACAAGGUGAUGCAGUAUUGACUAUUAAACGACAAUGGAAUACUGAAGAUCAGAUUGUAAAGAAAUUAAAGAUAAAUGGAAAAGCCACAGUUCGAGUUUUAAUGAGUGAAAUUGUACCAAAAGUGGGAACUUACAUAGAGGUCAUAGCUAAUGUAACAGAAGCAAUUACAGGCAUCUCAGCAAAUGAUACGAGAAAUGUUAUAAUUUAUUACACACCAGAAAAACUAACGUUUUCCUCCAGUAUGUCAAGCGUAUUCAAACCUGGAUUGGACUAUACAAUAAUAUUGAGAGCUACACAGCAAGAUGAUAGUCCCUUAAACCCACCAUUGGGCUUUGUAAACAUUACGGUAAGGUAUACUGUGCCUGGUGAAAAGAAACCACAAAAUGGGAGACCAAGCGGUGAUCAGAUUAUGCCUAUUCGUCCAUUUCCACAACCAUUCAACCAUUGGACACGUUUGGAACAGAUCCCUGAAUCAGGAAUAAUUGUGCUCUCAGCUAGAUUCCCUAAAGCAGCACAGUCUGGUACAAUACAGGCUUUUUACCGCAAAUUGAGAGUAACCAGAUUUUUGUCCGAAGCAGAAUCCCCAAGCAGAAACUACAUACAAGUGGAAGUUAAAAAUAACAGAAAAGCUCAGCCUGGUCAGAAAUUAGCAUUGGUUAUAAAAGUUACAGAAAUGAUACGCUUCUGCAAUUACAAAGUUUUUUCAAAAGGAUCACUUAUAACUCAAGGGCAAUUUAGGAUGAGAAAUAGAAAACAGCAUGACCAGAAUCUAAGUAUCACAUAUGCGAUGAUUCCUCAAGCAAAGUUACUGAUUUACUAUGUUAGACAACAAAACGGUGAAGUUGUAGCUGAUGCAAUUACAUUUCCUAUUGAGGACAUAUUUAAUAAUAAAGUGUCUAUUAACUUUAACAAAAGACGAGCUAAGCCAGGUGAUGAUGUUGAAGUUGAAUUGACGGCGGAUCCAAACUCAUUAGUCAAUGUUCUAGCAGUCGAUAAAAGUGUCCUAUUACUGAAAUCAGGAAAUGAUAUAACUACACAAAAUGUAUUGAAUGAACUUCAAGGAUAUAGUAACUCCGGAUUCUUUGCAAUAUUUGAUGGAUGGGAUUUUUGGUUGCCAAGACCUGUUAAUGACAGGGAUGCAUUUUCGAUUUUUGCUGGAGCUGGUGUUUAUGUACUUACAGAUGCGCUGCUUUAUCAGUAUAUUUCUCAACAAGGACCCAUAAAUGUUUUUCCUGUGGGAAUAUCAGGACCAACUCGUCUCUUCUUUGGAGGCGGCGUAGGCGGUCUGGGAGGCCUGGGAGCAGGUCUGGGAGGCCUGGGAACAGGAGGUCUUGCAGUUCCAACACGAACACGGAAGAACUUUCCAGAAACAUGGUUAUGGAUAAACAGCACUACAGGUUCGGAUGGAACCGCAACAAUAAGAACGACAGCUCCUGACACUAUAACAGAAUGGAUUGCAUCAGCAUUUGCUGUUAAUCCCAGCUCGGGUCUCGGAGUUGCGGCAACUACUGCAAAUUUAACAACUUUUCAAAGGUUUUUCAUGCGUUUUGAACUUCCAUUUUCUGCCAUACGAGGUGAAAUUAUUAUAGUCCAAGUCACAGUUUUCAAUUACCUAAAAAAAGAUCAACAGGUUUCAGUGAAGCUUGCUAAUAAUGUAAACUUUACCUUUGUUGAUGCAAAUGGAAACGACUUCAAUCCAGCUCCAAACGGUUGGAGAAAGUCUGUGUUUGUGAAGAAAAACAGUGUUGAAUCUGUAUACUUUCCUCUUAAACCAACAGCUCUUGGUAAAAUACUUUUGGACGGAACUGCAAGAUCUACUAUAGGUGCCGAUGCUGUUCAGCGUGAAUUCCUGAUAGAGGCCGAAGGUAUAAAACAAAACUACAACGUUCCAUUACUUAUUGACCUCCGACAAAGAAGAAGGUUUACAGAGACCAUUCCUUUGUCUUUCCCGCCAAAUCUUGUUGAAGAUUCAGAAUUUAUCAAAAUUCAAGUGAUUGGCGACCUUUUAGGGGCAACACUAGCGGGACUUGAGGAUCUUCUUCAGAUUUCAUACGGUUGUGGAGAACAGAACAUGGUUAGAUUCGCUCCAAAUGUUUAUGUCAGCACCUACCUGAGAACAACAAACAGACUUACAAAUGAUGUAUUAAAUAGAGUGAAAAACAUUUUAGAGGGAGGUUAUCAAAGAGAACUUUCAUAUGUUCAUAACGAUGGAUCCUUCAGCGCUUUUGGAAAUGAUGAUAAAAGUGGAGCUACGUGGUUGACUGCUUUUGUGAUCAAAUCAUUUUCACAAGCUGUAAGUUUUACCUAUAUUGACAUCAACGUCAUAACAAAGGCUGUGCAAUGGAUUAUAGAGCAACAAGAAACAUCCGGGGCUUUUAAUGAACCAGGAAUUGUUCUCCAUAAGGAAAUGCAGGGAGGAUCUGUGUCUAGUAAAAGGAGUCUGACAGCAUUUGUACUCAUUGCACUUCUUGAAGCCCGAGAUAAUAAACAAGUGUCCAAAGAGGUACAGGUGAAUGUAACCAAAGCUAUAAAGAAUGCAGUAGAGUUUGUAGCAAAUGGUGCACCUGCGUCAAUUACUAAUUUAUAUGAACUUGCUAUAUCAUUCUAUGCAUUGUCGUUGGCAACACAUCCGUUGACAGGUGCAAUUUUGGCUGAACUUGAGAAAAAGGCAAAAGUCAGUGGCCGUGAAAAAUAUUGGACAUUACCCGAAACUGAAGCAGACAAACUAAAACCUUGGAAAUCCUGGAGACCACCGCAAACUAAAGUCAGAGCUAUAGAUGUCGAAAUGACAUCUUAUAUACUGUUAGGAUACAAUCUCAAAGACGAUACAGUCAACGGCAUUCGGAUAAUGAAAUGGUUAAGUAGACAGAGAAAUCCACGAGGGGGAUUCAUUUCUACACAGGACACAGUAAUAGCAAUUCAAGCUCUCUCAGGGUUGGUAGAAAUUUACGUACGAAAUUUUCAAAUGACUGUAAAAACUGUUGGUGACACAUGGCCUCAAGGAAAAACGUUCAACGUGAACAACAGGAAUGCUCUUGUACUACAAAUAGAAGAUAUUCCAAAUACAGUACGAAGUGUAUCGGUGAAUGCUAAUGGAAGAGGGCUUUGUUUGAUGGAGGUUGCAGUUUAUUUCAAUGUCAAUAAUGACUUACGAGAGCCAGCAUUUGCUCUGACAACUUCAGUACUCAAUGAUUCAACUAAAGGAUUCAGACUAAGAGUUUGCUUCAGUUGGUUAAGGGGAGGACAGAGCACAAUGGGAAUACUAGAAAUAUCUUUACCAUCUGGAAUGGAAGCUGACUUAGACUCAAUUGAUACAACAAAUACUGGAGGGCAAUACAAAAAAGUGGAGAAGGCUUUCCGUCAAAUUAAUUUAUAUUUUGAUGCGAUUCUGUCAAAGGAAAUGUGUAUUGAAGUAGACAUAAAUAGAGUAGCCCUGGUUGCUCGACAUAAACCUGUAUGGGUCAAAUUGAGGGAGUACUAUGAACCAAGUAAUGAAGUAGUUAAGUUUUACCAAUCGAAAGCUCUUGCCAAUGCUACCAUUAUAGAAGUAUGUGGUCCGAACAAUUGUGAAGAAGUAAAGAGACGGUGAUCCUGAAAUACGAGAAAAGGGAAUGGUUUCCAAACUUUCUAUAGAUGAAUAACUAUUCUUUUUCAUAUACAAAUAGGCACUGAGUUUAACAAGAUAUCUUAUGGCAUGCAUUAUUUUCAUACAUAAAAGUUUAACUUGUACUGUACAAAUCUUAAAGCAGAUUAAAUUGUGUUUGUUUCAAUUGUUGCUACACAUUGUUAAAAA